UAGUUUGACAUGCACGCUCAGCAACCACGCUCCUAACCAAGCGAUUGGUUUUCCAAAGACAACAACGUAAACCGACGAUCUGAAGGGCGGACAUGUCCAUCGGAUACAAAAGAGUUAUGAAUGUUUUGUCCUCUAUGCCUUUUAUCUGAAACUGGAGGAACAUCGAGGCAAGAGAGAGAGCGAAUCUUGUGGUUUUGCGUCAGGGGGUGCGUCACGCUACUCGCCUUCUGGGAUGCGUAAGCAGCAAACAACAACGGAGCUCGCUUUAUUAUGCAUUUGUUUUCCCAGCACUACCGAAUCGUCGGCGACCGUAACAGGCUCAGGGUGCACUCGUGUAGGUUUUGGGAUUACACAUGGCUCCGACCUCGCCUUUGUUGGUGUAAUUAUCGAGGCGGAGUACUCAAGUAAGGAAGUGGGAUGUGGCCUGCCUGCAUUUCAUGUGGCUGGCUGAAAUGUGGAAAUUAUAAAAACAGCGCUUCAGAACGGCUGCAUGAUCAUAAUUUGGAUCUCAAACACCAUCUUCCUUUGAGGCAGCUCUGACUGAUAUCUUAGUACGACUUCGGAGGCAUGUCGCGAAGUCUGUUUGGAUUCAUUCUUACAGUAUGUGAAAUAUAGCUAGCGAGCUUGAUGUCCACUCCCAUACGGACGAUCCAUUGAAACAUUUGAGUCAACAGUUACAAUGUCGACGCAGCAUCGCAUGAUGGACACCUCGCUGGCACUGGAGAGACUGGAGAUCACCGGUUCCGUGGGUAACCGAGGAACUUGUGUGCCCGGAUCCGUGAUGAGGGAGAAGACCGUACAGGCGGCCGCUCACACUCACCUGAAUGGAUGCGUGCCACUAACCCAUCAGGUGGCUGGUCAUAAGUAUGGCGUAGACAAAGUAGGAAUUCUGCAACAUCCGGACGGGACUGUCUUGAAGCAGCUUCAGCCUCCACCGCGAGGGCCAAGAGAGAUGCAGUUCUACAGCAUGGUCUACUCAGAGGAGAGCGUAGACCCCUGCCUGCUGGACCUGCAGAGGUACUUGCCCAAAUACUUUGGCCCCUGGUCUUCACCUGAUGCCCCUGCAGAGCUGUACCUGCGUCUGGAGGACGUGACUCGGCGCUUCAGAAAGCCGUGCAUCAUGGACGUGAAGAUCGGCCAGCGCAGCUACGACCCCUUCGCCUCCCAGGAGAAGCGGCAGCAGCAGAUCCGCAAGUACCCCCUCAUGGAGGAGAUCGGCUUCCUGGUGCUGGGCAUGAGGGUGUUCAAACUGGACUCCGACACCUUUGACACGUAUGACCAGCACUUUGGUCGAGGCCUCGAUCAGGAUACUGUGAAAGAAGGCCUCUCUAAGUUCUUCCACAAUGGUGAGCGUCUGCGCAAAGAUGCCAUAGUGGCAAGCGUGCUCAAGGUGCAGCAGAUCUUGGGCUGGUUCGAGGAGCAGAAGCGCUUCCACUUUUACGCCAGCUCGCUCCUGUUUGUCUACGAGGGCUCGCCGCCUCCCGCAGUACCUGCCGGCACCACCGGGGGCACCCACGAGCCACUCAGCCCUGGUGGCGGUGAUGGUGGUGGUGGUGGUGGUUGUGGUGAGAGACAGGUGGUCCUUGAGUACAACAACAACAUCGAGCAGAGCCUGUCCACCAUGUACGCCCUCCACAAGCAAGCCUGCACCCGCCAACACCACGCCGCCAUGAUGCCCGACAAUGGGGCCUGGAGGCACCCGGCGACAGUCGCCCAGCAACCGAACGGCAACCGCAUCCCCCACGCGCUGGAGAGGCUGAGCCAGGAAGGAGGGGACGGAGGAGACAGCGAACGCCAUAACGGAGCGGAGGAAGAGGAGGGCGGCGGGGGGAGGAGGAGGAAGAGGAAGAUGCCAACGAGAGGGGUCAAGGCCGGCGGGGAGGAGGUGGAGGUGAGGAUGAUCGACUUUGCCCACGUCUUCCCCAGCGAGAGCUGCGACGAGGGCUACAUCUACGGCCUGAAGAACCUGAUCCGGGUUCUCCAGGAGCUACUGGAGGAAGCAGGGGAGUAGCAGCUCAACACAAGGUCUCACGUUUGGGACUCAAAUCUCACUCUCUCCACUCUCUCCCACAGACACACACACACGCACACACACAGAUACACAUACAUACACACACAGACCCCUCUUUGUGAAAAGUCCUAUCCUGUGGCACACAUUUGUCUGUCCAGUUGUACAUGGAGGCGUGGUGGUGGCCCCAGACACACACACACACACACACACACCCACACACACACACACACACACACACACACACACACACACCCGCUCCCCUUGCCCUAAACCUCUGCACUAUCAGCACUCAAACGGAAGGCAUUUCCUUUAUUGGUCUUAUAUAUUUGUUUUUGUGUCUUUGUGUGUAUGUGUGUGUGUGUGUGUGUGUGUGUGUGUGUGACAGAGAGAGUAUUUGUUUGUCUGUCUGUUGGUUUGUUCUUUUCCGUUUAUACAUUUGUCAGUAUCUUACUCAGGUAAAAUGAUAUUUGUGUAUCGGUCCUUGGCAAAGGUGAAUUAUUUCUCGCCAAGCUUGCAGUUUGUCUCACUGUAACCGUUGACACUUUGCUUCCUAGUGCUCUUGUUCUAGUGUUUUUAAGAAGACUUUAUUUUAACCAGGUGUUUUCUUUUCUCCUCUUCAAAGGUCACAAUUAGGAAUGUGUGUCUCUUUUGUCCCAAAUUUGCAUUUGCUGCCAAAUCGACCCUGUCUUCUCUCUCAAAAAAACCCUUUUGAUGGUAACAAUUGGUGAGGGUAUAGAUAAAUGUCAACAUUUUUUUUAACUAUUAUUAUCACUUACUCACUUUAUGUACUUAUCAUUUAUAUAUACCAUUUAUACAAACAGCUAACCUGUUUUGUGUAACUCAUCAUACCCUACAUUUUAUGCAGCUUUGAUGGUUAGAAAAAUGUUAUAAAGAAUAAGAGGAGACUUGGUUUGAAGAAAUGCAAUCUAGAAUGUCCCUCUUGUUGAUAUAGAGGCACUGCCAAAGGAGUUUAGUUUUUGGUUGAGGUGUAUGCAACAGAAUGUUACAGAUUUUUUUUUGGUCACCCUUCAUGCAGUCAGCGGUUAAUUUACUCUCAGUGUUGCCCAGAACGUCAUUGGUAGGGUUUUAUCACUCCAAAAAAACAAAAUUGAAGGUACAUAUUUCUGUGCGAGAAGAACCGUACAGGUUUUCUUUCACCACGUUAAAGCUUUUUCCAAGCCAUUUAAAAAGUGAAAACAAAACAGUUGAAGCAGACCAUAUUUUAAUUAUUAUUCUUUUUUAAAUGUGGCAAGGAAAGCCGGAGUGAUGUGAAAGAAGGAGGGGCACAUGGAUUUCUGCUUGAAAUGUUGGUGACAUAAAAAGUAUAUACUGUAUUUCAUUUAAAUGUAGUGUAAUGUGUGUUUAAAGACAGGAAUGGCCAUUUAAUUCUAUGAUUAGUCUGAACUGAAAUGCCUGUAUGUUGGUCAAGCAACAUGACAAAUUGAUUUAAGCUAUAAAAUAUAUCUUAAAGGGAUAUUCCGCCAUUUUUGGAAAUACGCUCAUUUUCCACCUCCCCUCGAGCAAAACAAUCGAUAUUUACCUUG